AAGUGAGAUAUAGACAAUCCAUUGGAUGGGCAUUGAAAGUUCCAAGUUUACAGAAAGUGAAGUCGACAGUGACGAACUAGAAGGUCACUAUGGAUACCGUAUUAUGAAAUUAUUGGAGAAUGGGUCGGGUAUGAGAGCUGGACUGAGAGUUUAUGAAGAUUUCAUCGUUGCCGUUGACGACUUGAUUGUUGAAGAAGAGGAAGAAAGAAUUCCAGAAUAUUUAAAGGAAAAGACAGGACAGCAAGUCAAGUUGGUGGUUUGGAACUGUCUUGACGAAGAGGAGCGAGAGGUUGUGUUGGUUGUAAAUAAGCCAACAAAAGAUAUGGGCUAUCUUGGAGUGAUUGUGAGAUACGAGUCACUGUUCCAAGCAGCCGAAUACUCUUGGCAUGUGAUUAGUGUUGUACCCAAUAGUCCUGCUGAUGAAGUGGGUCUUAUGCCACAAUCGGAUUAUAUCGUAGGUACACCCAGUGUGGCUUUCCGUAGUUAUGAUACUCUUCCACAACUGGUUUAUGAUGCUGCACAUUUACAGAAUCCUCUCGAUCUGAUGGUUUGGUCAAAAGCCACUGGGAAAGUGAGACUAAUUUCUGUGGAACCUGAAAUAACUGAGGAAGGAACACCUUUAUUAGGUUGCGAAUUAGCGAAAGGUCUCCUUCAUCAACUACCCAGGAGAAAUACUUCCAAGACGCUCACACGAUAUAUUAAACAGGCAGAAACGACUGAAACACCGAAUACUCUUGAUAGUGAAGAAAGUAACGAAAGCAGUACAAAGGAUACGACAUAUUCCAACAGCAUAGAUACGACAAAUGAAGAGUUUUAUGAUACUCGUUCACCGUCUUCUUUUGAGGCACGUAACCUGGAACAGGUUUCUGAUAUUGUAGAACCAAGCAGACAAAGUUUCGACAGUCAGAGGACUAAGUCAGGCUCGACGACCUUCAACAAGAAUACUUGAAGACGCAUCACUUUCUGUAGUUCGAAUACGAAACAAGAAAAUACUUACAUAUGCC